GUGUGCUGGACUUACCAUCAGUCACUGAUGACAUGGGACUGGAUGAAGAUACAGAUUUGAAUGAGGCUAGUAGUCAGCCUGUCUCAUCUAAAGGGUCCGACUCAACAACUGUCCUGUCUGAGGAAGAUGUGAAAUCAAUUGGAAAUCAAGAGAAAAAUGAAUCUACAUCAGCAUUGUCAAGCCCACCAGGUGCUGAGUCAAUAGUGGUGACAGAUGGCAAUGAAUACUCUGGUAUCGAGAUUGGAGAUUUAAAUGAUGAGAAGUCUGAACUGUCGGCGACGUCAGGGAUAUCUCACAGUGACAGCGUUGAAACUUUGCAGAGUGUUCGAAGCAUUAGCCCCCAUCCAGCGUCUGUGACAGCACUGCAGCUGCCUGGACAUGACAUGAAUGGAAAUCCUCAGAUCAUCAUUUACCCUGGGGAAGAUUUCAUACCACCACCAAGCCCCAACACAGCUUCAAGUGAAUCUGUGGAGCAGAUCCAGGUGGAACAAGAAUCUCUUAAAGAAGAUGAAGUACCACUACUGUUUUACCUUAGGCUUCUCUGCAAAAGAUUCCUUUUGACAGGUGUGCCAGAUGGGCUUGUUACAGACAAGCAAGUUCGAGUCAGUCUCAAGUCGUUGGCACUGGGUUGUGUGUCAUGCAGCUUAGCAUUGUGUCCUCGGCUCUUUCUGUUCAAGCUGUGCCCAGCUGCAAGUGGUGCAGGCAAUGAUCAGAACCUGCAGGAUGUCACCCUGUAUGCUGGACACCCAGAUCAUCAGUUGAAGGGGCAAGCUGCAGUUGUCAUUGGCAGCUUUAUUAGAGCAGCAUUAGUUGAGGGCAGAGGCAACUUUCAUCAGUGGCUCAUGAAGAAUUUACCGGCAGAGCAAAGUGUUCUGUCACUGGAUGAUCUCCUCAAAAUCAUCGUCAAUGUCCUAGAAGAUGAGUCGGCUGUGGCAGUCAGAGCUGCUCUGGUAGCUUUGCAAAUGUGUCUGAGUCAUGUUAUGGACAGCUGUCAUGGGCGCUUGGGUUUGCGGGUGCUUCUGGACUUGCUAAUGGUGAAGACAAAUCCAUAUUGGUUGGUUAAGGUGGAGUUGCUUGAACUGAUUUCCAGCCUGAACUUCAAAAUCAUCAGCUAUUUGGAGAACAUAUCACCUGACAUAAUCAGAGGAGAUCACUCUUUCUUAGGUAGAAUGUGUUUGCAAGACCACUGUUUCCAAGAGAUUGUGGUUCAACUGCUUGGUGAUGAAGAUUCAAGAGUGCGAGCAGCAGCAUCUUCUGCUAUAAUGAGGUUAGUGCCCAAGUUCUUCUUUGCCUCAGACAGUCCACAUCAGGACCCAGUACUGGCUGUAGCAUCUGAUCAGACCCGUGACCUCCUGUCUCCAAUAAUGGAACCUGUGAUGGCAGGACAGUUACCUCCACUUGUCCAGGGUCUAAUGAAGCCUUAUCAUUUUGACAUUCUGGCAGAAGUCUGCCCUGCUACAGAGAGCUCACUAUCUCGUGUGGUUCAAACAUUGUUCCAUACACUGCUGGUUUCACAUUCAAAGUAUGCUACGAGUGGAAUUUGCCAGGCGUUGAGCAGACUGUCAGAGGAAUAUCUAGUCACAGAAUAUGCUUCUUCAUGGAGUUGUGGCCCUGCUAAACCAUUUGCACCAAAGAAGCAUGAGGAGAAGAUAGCUGUAAGAAGGCCUCCAAGUCGAUCAUUGAGUGCUUCAAGCAUGGAUGAGUUAACAUCUGCGAGUGGAGGAGGACCUCUUCCCAUUGUCUUGUCUCUUAUGCUGGCAUCUCAGGCUGGACUGGAGCUGACUACGCAUCAGGACUUGCUGCAGCUGGCAGGAAACCUUGUCGCAGGUGCUGCCUAUAAGAAUCUACGGCCAGCAGAAGAAACAGAUAAAUUAUCAGGGGCAGGGGAUGAUGGGCACUGGGCAUCAAUAUCUGAUAAACUGUUAGUGCCAAUGAUAGAUCAGCUGUUUACUCACACAGCCAGAUUGUUGAAUGCUUGCACACAUGCCAUUGAAGAAUCGGUACCAGGCCCACCACAGAUGAAACCAUCUCUCCCAUCCUUGCCAAAUGCAGCCACUUUGAGUCCAGUUAGGCGUAAGAUGAAAGGCGAAAAGGAACCAAACCCCCCGAUUUCUGGAGGCUCUCCUGAUAUUAAACUUGGCCAGAAAAUGCCAGUGAAAGAUCCUAAAGAGGGAGAGAAAGACAAAAGUAGAAAAGAUAGCAUUGGUGUGUUUUACAAUCUGCCGCAGUACAUGAAGCUUUUUGAUGUACUAAAAGGCUCCUACUCAAAUUUUAAGACUUCCCUGGAUCUCACAAGUUCAGAUAAGUUUUGUGGCAUCCUGAGAACGACCUUGACAGUGUUAUCACAAUUGCUUGAAAUUGCCACAUUGUACGACAUUGGCUUAGUCACAGAAGAACUUCUGGGCUACCUUAAGGUCACCAUGGCACUUGAGCCAACGUGGACAGUCUUGUGUGUGCAGCAGCUUCUGAAAGCCUUGUUUGGUACUAACUUAGCUAGCCAGUGGGAUCCGAACAGCCAGUCAGCCGUGUCACUUGUUGCAGAUCUCAAUGCCCGUGUGACGGCAGGCUCUAGCCCUGGCUUGUACUACCACUGUCUCAACAAACCCUAUGUCCAGCUGGCUCACUGCUUGGUUGGUGCAGCUUGUAGAGCCACUUUACCUACAGAUGAAGCACACAGUUCUCUUUUAUGGCUGAAACAAAGAGUGGAUAGAAAAUUCCCUUCAAUUCUAAAGCCUACAAACAAAGUAGAUAAGUCUGUUAUAGGUUCCUACAUUCGUCUGUUUGAACCACUGGUUAUCAAGGCUCUCAAACAGUACACAGUGACCUCCAGUUUGGAUCUACAGCGCCAGGUCCUUGCACUGUUGGCUCAGCUGAUCCAACUGAGAGUUAAUUACUGUCUCCUGGAUUCAGAUCAAAUUUUUAUUGGCUUUGUCAUCAAACAGUUUGAGUUCAUUGAGGAGGGUCAGAUAAGGAAUUCAGAGUUGCUUAUUCCCCACAUCUUCCAGUUUCUGGUGAUGUUAUCGUAUGAGAAGUUCCACAGCAAGUCUAUCAUAGACAUGCCACGCAUCAUUCAUCGUUGCGAUGGCAUCAUGGCAAGUGGACUCCAGCCAACUACCCAUGCCAUACCAGCAUUGCGGCCUGUAGUAUAUGAUCUCUUUCUGCUGAGAGGUACGGUCAAGUCUGAGGUAGGCAAGGAUCUAGAGACACAGAGGGAGGUAGUGGUGUCCAUGCUGCUGAGAUUGGUACAUUGUUAUCAGGCUUUGGACAUGUUUGUGAUAGUCCUGCAGCAGUGCCACAGAGAGAGUGAGGAAAGAUGGAAACGGUUGUCCAGGCAGGUCAUGGAUGUGGUUUUACCAGCUCUAACCAAGCAGCAGAUAAACCUGGACAGUCAGGACUCACUAGAUGUCCUGCACCGCUUGUUUGAAUCU